UCACAUCAUUCGUGUGCGUUCUGCCGGAAUCUACUAUGGCCAAAUUCGUCUACCUUGCCCUUUGCUGUCUCGUCUCAGCAAUUGCUGAGGAGAUAGCGAACACGGAUUCGCCUGGCGCAGUAGAAACGAGCAAGGAGGCCGUCGAGGAAAGAGGCUAUCUAGGAGGUCACGGAGGUGGAUACGGAGGGGGUUUAGGCGGUGGAUACGGAGGAGGCCUCGGCGGCGGCUACGGUGGGGGUUAUGCCUCCGGCGGCAACAGAUACGGCUCUCAAGCCCAAGCGGGUGGUUACAAUCAGGGUGGCAAUCAGUAUGCCAACAAGAACCAGUACAACAAUGCGGCUGGCUUCAAGAAUACCCACGGAUACCGCGAGCAACAGGGCUUCAAUAAGCAAUCGAACAAUCAGUACGGGAGUGGGUUCAACUCGAACGCUGGCGGGUACAACCAGCAGCAAGGUGGCUUCGGCCAGACAGGCAGCAGCUACGGUCAGCAACACGGCGGCCUCGGUUUCGGCCGUUGA